ACUCUAUAUUUCAUGUUUCCUGACAUACCCCCCAAAGAACUGCAAUUAUGCUAGUGAGGCUGCAGGAGCGUUAAACAGUUCUUUCCCAGUUCUUUUUCUUUUUGCUGCCUUUCCAUGCACUCCUGACCUGUUUAGAGCUGGACCUUUUUACUUUUUUAUUUGUUGUGUGCACGGUUCUUAGGAUAUUAGAAAAAACAUGCUGAAGAUUCACUGUGAGGCAUGGCUAUUUUUAUUAGAAGCUGAUACUUUAGACUGAGCUUUAAGUGUUGCUUCUGGAAGGCCAUAGGUUGCUCUGGGAAGGCAGGAGUCUGCAGAGGAAACAGAAAGUUCAGAGGGGUGCAAAAGAAGAAGGAACAGAAUUAGCAAAAGCAGAGGACCUCCCUCCUUCUCAUUCUGCAGCUCCUGCUAGAGCCAGCGACCCAGAAGUAUUAUCUAAGCUGCCACAGUAGAUCUUGACCUUUGUAACAGAGUAUCUCUUACCAUCAUCAUCAUGGCCGAGAUUACAGCAGAAGCAAUAAACUUUACGCAAUAAGGGCCAUCAGCUCCGCAGUAACCUGACCUCCAGCAUGACAGGACGCAUGUCUACAACCACGACAAUAAUAGAUGGUAAGAACGGAUCCGUUCCCUCAUCAUCCAUGAAAGUGGGCAAGAAAUCAGUUACGGAAGACCUCGUGACAACGUUCAGCUCGCCAGCAGCAUGGCUCCUUGUUAUUGCUCUGAUUGUUACCUGGUCAGCAGUAGCUAUUGUAAUGUUUGACUUGGUGGAUUACAAAGCCUUUGCAGCCACCUAUUCACAACAUUGCGAUGAUCCCUGUUUACCGCCUGGAAGAUCUGUUAACAAGCUCAGCACAGAACCACUGAGAAUCAUUCAUGAGGCAUUGGAAGAAUCCACUGAUUGGCUUUAUGGCUUUAUUUCUUUACUGUCUGACAUCGUAUGGAGUGAUGAUGAUGACAGUGAUGAAGGUGAAGUGGAACCUUCCCUGAAAAAAGAAAUUCAUAAAGAGAAACUGGAGAGACAUGAAAAACGAACACCACCGAAGGCACUUGCACAAGGGCCAACAGCACCCUGGACUGUACGAGCAGGAGCUCAGCCAGUCAGUGGAGUAAUUCACAGAGACAAACCUGAAAAACAAGAAAAAAUUGAGAGGAAGGAACCUCUAAAGUUGACACAUAAAGACAAACCAGAAAGACAAGAAAAACCUGAAAAAAAGGAAAGGCAUGCAGCUACUCACAAAGAGAAACCUGAAAAGCCAGAAAAACAUGAAAAGAAAUCACCUCCUAAAGUAAUUCAAAAAGAGAAACCUGAAAGGCAUGAAAAAGCUGAAAAGAAACCUCCUCCCAAAGAGGAGAAGAAAGUAAAGAGCACUAAAGCAGAAGCAAAAGUUAAAAAGGAAGUGAAGGAUGGAAAAGGAGAAGCAAAGAUGACUGGGAAGCUCAAGCAGGCAGAGACUAAAACAACAGAAGUUGGGCUAAUAAAGGCCAAACCGAAAGUUAAGGAGGAGAAAGCUCUUCAGACUGUAACUAAAUCGGAAAAGAAAGAUCAAUAUGCAUUCUGUCGCUAUGUGAUUGACAUGUUUGCGCAAGGGGAUUUUUAUCCAGGACAUAAGGAAAUGGUGCCACCUCGUCUUCUUCUAGAACAUAGUCCAAGAAAGAAAUCAGCAGCUAUUGAAGAAGAAAAGUCUAUUGUGGUAGCUAGAGAAGUGAAAAAGAGAAAAGAGGAAAAGAAAAAGACUGAUGUAAAGAGCGUUAGGACUGAAACUAAGAAGAAAGAAAAAGAAGGAAAAAAAGAGAAAGCUCAUGAGAAGGCAGCUGUCCCCGAAAUUAAAAAAGCAGAUAAAAAAGAAGCUGCUGUGUCCAAAGUACUCAAAAACCCAGCAAAAGCUCCUGCAGCCAAACCAGCCACCAAAAAAGCAGCAGCACCAGAACCACACAAGAAAGAAAGAAUGACGGAAACUGCCAAAACAGCAAAGAAAGAAAAAGUACAUGCAUCUGUUGAAACUCUGAAGUCAAAAGCAGUACCUGAAAAGAAGGAAGAAAAAGCAACAAAGGCAGCAGAACGAGAUAAGCCAAAGAUGAAACAAGGAAAUCCGGGAAAAGAGAAAGAAUUGAAAUCUCCAGCUACUACAAAAGAUAAAGAACAUGUUAAAGAAAAGGAAGGAAAGAAUUCUACAGCUUUAAAAGAUAAAGAUUCUCUGAAAGUAAAAAAUCCAAAGAAUCCAGAGGGGUCAAGGGAAAAAGAGACCGGUAAAAGAAAAGAUGAGAAGCCUCCAGCAGCCUUAAAGGAAAAGGAUUCUUCAAAAGGAAAAGAAAUGAAAGCUUCAACUACGACUAAGGAAAAAGCUGCGGUGAAAAAGGAGGGGGAAAAGAAAGCUACCUCAGAGAAACCUCACGAACACAAGCAUGAACGCAUUAAACACGAAAAAGCUAUCUCUCAGACUAAGCCAGAGGAGAAAAUUAAACAACAAAAGACAACUCCCACUGAGAAGUCAGUCCAGAAAAAGCCAGCAAAGCAUGAAGCAGUCAGACAUGAAAAAGAAGUUCCACCUACAAAACCAGUCAAACUGAAAAACACUGCAAAGCCAACAAGUGAAAUCCCAACAGCAGCCAUGAAAAAAAUAAAGUCAGCUAAGGAAAAAGAAGAAAAAACAAUUGAGAAGAAACAUCCGAAAGAUGAGAAAAGCAAAGGAGUCCCACCAGUAAAAGAAGCUCCACGACAUCACAACCUGACAACAGCUCCUGUCCGCUACUUUCAAUGUGUCUUCCUAAACGGACCUAAUGGAUUUGGACUGCAAUUUCCCACUAAUCCUGCUUCAAACAAGGAAGAAAAGACUCAUUCAAAGACUUCCAAGAGAAAAACAAAGAAACCAGGGCAGUAGAGAGACUGAGUCCUGUGAUCAUUCACAUUUUGCACUUUAUCUUUUCUGCUGAGGUCCACAGUAGUUACAGUGGUACUUAUCAUUGCAAGAAUGUGAUCCACUUGGACACAUGUACCUGGAAAAAGUUUCCAUGGGGCAGAGGCAAAACAAGCAGUAAUGAACUGUGUUUGACAAAGGUAGAAAUGCAAAAGUGCCCUGUUUCUCGUGGAAAGGCUGCAAUGCUAACACAGCAUUGACCUGAUUGUGUGUGUCAGCGUGUGUGUGUGUUUUCCUGCCUCUUUUGCUGUUCUUGUUUUUCUUUACCUACCUGCUCAGCAUUGAAGUGAGUCUGUUUUCCAUUUAAUCUUAUCUAGGGAGUGAAAGGUUGAAUGUAGCUCUUAUAUCAGCAAGAUUGCAAGACUACCUGCAAUCCUAAAUCAUUUCUUCUUAACAUUCAAUCAAAUUGCUGACAGGGAAAAUCUUCACUAAAUCAUGAAAAUGUGCUCUGUGACUGGUGCUAUUUUUAUGUUUCAUUGACCAGUGUAGCCUGAAGCUCACACGUGCUCUGAGCACCUCAAUGUACUAUCAGUACGUUGACUCCGCAAGUCACGUUAAUGAUGAAUAUUUCUAUUUAACCUGAAGCAGUAAAAGCAUGGUCUGUUUGCCCUGCCUGUUGGUAAAGUACAAACUUUUCACUUUCUAAAGCCCAAAGAGAGCAGAGAAAGUGAAACAACAUGGCAAAGUUGAGGAAAACCAGUGCUUUACCAACAUGAAGGUCACAAGAAACAAAUGAAAUCAUUUUAGUACUACUACUUUUCUUCUGUGGGUGAAUCAGAUUGACUGGCAGCAAAGACAAUGUAAAUGGAGAAUAUACCAGCCACCCAUUUGCUAUUAGCAUAAGUCAGAUGAAAAGCUAUGAUGUGAGAUGCCACUCAUGAAACUAAAGCAACCUAAGUUUCCAAUAGGUAAACAUGCCGGUUUGAUGCAAUCUCAGAUCAGUGAACAAAAAACAAACAAACAAACAAAAAGCCAAACAGGAGCAUAUGAAAUAAUCCGGGUAGCUGAUUUUACCAGAUGAAAUGCAAGGACUAAAAGACUUCCUCACAGCAUACUACUGUUGAUAACUUAUAGAGGAGAACUGGAAGUGCGUAUGCCAAUCCUCAACCUUCUUUUGUGUGUUUCUGUAGAAAUAAAGGAUUUGUUGCCCUAAGAAAGAGAUGGGAUGGCAUUUGAUCCAUGUGAAGGCUCAUGACUGAAAAUUGGCAUCUCAGUUGUCUGUACUUCUGGCAAUGUAAAUAAUCAUGCGUUUUUGCAAGCUGCUAUUUGUUUGUAUUUCCUUACUAUAUUUUCACAUUUAAUCUGUGAAAUGUACAGCAGUAAUCUUAGUUAUAUAGUUAUCUGGUGAAGCAGCAUGAUGCUCUUUGUACAACCCAGCUAUUUGUAGAGUCUGAUCACACCGGUAACUAUAUACUGCUUUUUUAUUUUUAGCAUAGUUCAAGAUAACAUCAGCUCUUUCCCCCAUCCCGUUUCCCUGCCAACCCAUUCUUACCUUAAUCAAAUAAUUGACUCAUACAAGUUUUAGACAACUGAGUCUUUGACAGAAGAAUGCAAUUCAGAAAGCUUUGCUGUUACGCUGGUGGGUCAGGUUGGUACUCUGAUUCCCAGUCAUGGCCUGAUGCAAACUGUGUUCUUGGUCUCGAUGUGCUCUCAAAUUGCACAGGUCCCAUGCUACAAAAACUCUCAUUGUGACAAACCAUCUAGACAUUGGUUUCUGGAAAGAGGUGGGAACAGGUCCUGCCCUCGGAAUAGCUCUUCCCACAUAGGAGCACACUGCAGGUAACAGUCUUCAUGGUGAAUGCCUCCACUGUCACCUGUGAAAUCUGCUCUGAAGAUAGAGCUGCCAACAGAGAAUAUUUCAUGGUAAAAUGCCAAUCUUUCAUUUUCUUUCAUUGGGCCUUUUUAUAUUUCCAGUGACUUUUUUUUCCUUCCCAGUUUGUGAUUUUGUCUAUAUUAUUAUGGAUGUUAUUGCCCCAGGUUUUUACUGUGAAAGCUGUCUUAAAAUGAGAUUAUAACUUUCUGAAAAUCAGUUAAUUUAAUAAAGCCUUUAAUUCAAAUAAUCAGGACAAAAAUUUAAUACACUAUAAGCUGUUAUUCUUUUCAGCUUCUUUUGUCAAAAUAAAUGUUAUUCAUUACAGUUAGCCUUAAUUCUUUCUUGCCAUUUGAGUUGGGAGAUGACAAGAAUGUGUUCCAAAUUUCAUUUCCCUAAUGUUUCAGUUAGGUAUCUGAAAGCUUUGGAAAUAUAAACAAUUAAUAUCAUUUAACAAGUGCUACAAAAUCAGUCAUUUAUUGUUGUUUCUUAAUCUCAGUCACUGCCUCGAAGAACAGGAGAAACAGGUCCAUUCUCAAAGUAGCAAGCAUUUUUCUCUUUAAAUUCACCUGGAAACAUUAAAAAUUACUCAAAUUGCAUGGGUUUACUCAACUAGCCUAAAAUAUUGCAAAAUCAUAUGCUGAUUGUUAUCUGUUUUGGAAAAUAAAGAGU